CAAAGUUUCGCUCUCGGGGCGGGGCGAGCGGCGGGCGGUGCCGGGCGGGCCAAGUUGGAGCGCGCCCCGCCCGGCGCCCUCCCGGUCCCCGUGCCCUCCCCGCCGGGGCGCGCUGCCCGUAGCUCAGUGCGCGCCGGGCCGCACCGGGAGGGCGCGCAGCGCGGACGGGCACCGAGAGCAGCGCGGGCGGUGGAGGUGAUGACCGCGGCAGCAUGGAGUUCCCAGAGCACGGCUGGCGGCUGCUGGGCCGCCUGAGGCAGCAGCGGGAACUGGGCUUCCUGUGCGACUGCACGGUGCUGGUGGGCGACGCGCGCUUCCCUGCCCACCGCGCGGUGCUAGCGGCGUGCAGCGUCUACUUCCAUCUCUUCUACAGGGAUCGGCCAGCAGGCAGCCGCGACACGGUGCGACUCAACGGCGACAUCGUGACGGCGCCCGCCUUUGGCCGUCUGCUGGACUUCAUGUACGAGGGGCGCCUGGACCUGCGCAGCCUGCCUGUGGAGGACGUACUGGCGGCAGCCAGCUACCUGCACAUGUAUGACAUCGUAAAGGUCUGCAAAGGCAGGCUCAAGGAGAAGGACCGGGAAUUGGACCUGCAGACCCCUGCUCCUGAGGCUGAGUCGCCUCGGAGGCCACCAUGUCCCCUGUCUGCAUGGACCCCUGACGUCUGCCCGGCUGCCCAGAAGGCUAAACUUCCUAGGGAAGGGAUCAAGGCUGCAUCAGGUCCUCCUCCAUGGCAGGCCUUAGGACAGUCAGAGGGGGCCCUGGACCUGUCACUGAAGCCUGUCCCAAGACAGGAGCCAGUCCAUCCGUCCUGCAUCCCACAGACACCCCUCUGCAGCCGGAUCCAGCAGAGGGUCCAACCGCUGGUGAAGGGUGAGCGGGAUUCAUUGCCUGAACAGGAAGCUAGCAGCGUCCUUCGGAACCCCUGCACCCCGCCACAGCCAGCCUGCAUUCCUGCAGCCCGGGGUCUGGCAGUGGACUUGGAGCCGCUGCCCAUCCUCAGGGCAGGCAGCCAAGAGCUAGAGCUGGAUGCCGAGCGGGUGGUGGGCACGGAGGAGCUGGGUUCUAGGGGGCACCUCUGCGUCUGCCCACUGUGCUGCAAGCUGUUCCCCAGCGCCCACGCACUGCAGCUGCACCUCAGUGCUCACUUCCGCGAGCGGGACGGUGCCCAGGCCCAGUUCUCACCUGACAGUGCUGUCCCCACGUGCCCGCUCUGCAGCAAGACCUUCUCAUGCACAUACACCCUGAAGAGGCAUGAGCGGACACACUCCGGGGAGAAGCCCUACACCUGUGUGCAGUGUGGCAAGAGCUUCCAGUACUCCCACAACCUGAGCCGGCAUGCCGUGGUCCACACCCGGGAGAAGCCACAUGCCUGCCGCUGGUGUGAGCGCCGUUUCACACAGUCUGGGGACCUGUACCGCCACGUCCGCAAGUUCCAUUGUGGCCUUGUCAAGUCCCUGCUGGUGUGAUGCAUCCCCCUGGGGUCCUGAGGUCAGUGGGAAAGAAGGGGCAGGGCCUUCCCAAGUGGCACUGGGGUGGAGUCAGAGUCUGAACAGGUGAAGCCCCAAGGCUGCCUGCCUUGGCUGCCUGAAAGAACUCGGCUCCCUCCUGGGGCAGGCGGGUGGCUCGCAGCCUUCCUCCUGCCUGGCGCCCACCACCUCCACUCUGGUGCCUCCAGCUGCUCCCUGCACGUGUGCCCCGCCCAGGCUCAGAUGCUCUCCUCUUCACCAGUCCCCACCAGCCACAUUCCAGGAUGUCCGAUGGCACGUGCUUGGGCCUGGACUCCUCAGUGUGAGGCAGCACAGGUGGCCUGUGUCUCAGGCUUUGAGACAUCCCUUUGGCACACUCAGGGGCGCCCUCAUGAGCCUGGUGCCAUGAUAGGUGAAUGACUUGUGUGUUGGAAAGGUCAGUGAGUCCACAGCAGGGACAGGUCACUCCUGGUGAGUGCCAGCAGGGCCUGCCUGGGCACAGCUGGCAUCCCAGGGGGCGAGCCCCAUUGGGGACCUUGGGGCAGCCAGAGAGCCUGCUAAAGCUGAGUGGCCUUGGGGUUAUUGUCAUAGAGUGAACUUCAGAGCAUGUGGUCCUGUAACUUUGGACAGAGAGAGUAGGAAUUUUGAAAUGGAUUCUCUUUAGAUCCAGAAAGAGCCUCCUUGAGGCUACCAGAUGUGUGACAGUGGGAAACAGGCCUGAGCACCCAUCCCAGGUGCUGCUGAGCAGCCCUGGGGUGAUGAGUGGCAGUCCCUACCGGAGCCAAGCUCUGAGUGUUGGAGGCCGCUGCUGGGAAUAGGCGGGCUGACUGCAGGGGUCCCCGUCCUGCGUGGGAGGGGUCUUCCAUAGCGCUGAGCACUGAGCACACGGGCAGCCGCUUCCUGCCUUACAGGAACAGGGUUUGCAGGGCCCUCUUCCCACGACGGGGUGUGGGCAGGGGCAGCCGUCACCUGGGGAGCGGGAGGCUGGCAUCCUCUGGGCUGGAGCCGCAGCGCCCCCCUCUCACCCACUGGCUGAUGCCCCUGGCAUGUGAGGCACCACCCACUGCAUUUGCAGUUGGUCAGAGUCUCCCUGCUUCACCCACCUGCUCACCAAGCGACUCUGGUUGCCAGAACCUCAGUGGCUGCAGUGAGUGGGGCAGUGUCACAGGGGCGCUGGCCUCAGGCCAGCAGGUGGCAGAGCUGCCGGACUCCGGGCUCUCCCCAGCCCUCCAGGCUGCUUCCAGUGGGAUUGGAAAGGGCACAGAGGACAGAAUCUAGCCCAGGCUGAGUCGUUGUUUUUCUCCUGAAAGCACUUGAUGUCAUAUGUGUUCGUCUGCCUGAUCUGCGGUGAAGUGACAGUUGGCCUUCUCAGUGGGUAGAAAGAUCCAUAGUUCACCUCCCGCAGGGUCUGGCCUCCCCUGGCGUGUCCGCCGUUGGCCUGGGAGGCCAGUCCUCUUGGUCGUGCUGUGGGCUCCAAGGCUAUGGACCAGCUGCAGUUCCGAGAGAACAGGGGGACGAGGACCCACCCACUUCUGACUGCCCUGGCUCCUGCCCCCAGCCUUUGGAAGGACUAGUGGGACUGUGUGCUGUGCUGUGUCCCAUGAUCUGGAGUUGCGUGUGUGUGCACGAACAUGUGUGUGCCCCCGUAAGUCUAGCACCUGGCAGGGCCAGGUCUAGCGGCAGCCCUGCCAGUAACCGGCCACUCCUCCACCGGAGCAGGGGGACGGCUGCUUGCGGGUUUCUCCUGGGACAGGGAAGCCUGCCCUGAGUCACCGACACUGGAGUCCUUGUCUUCUGUGCCGUCACUGUGAAGUUGGUGUAAAGUGGUGGUUUUAAUUCUGCAGCUGGCACGGUCGGGAUUGUGCGCGUGUUCCUGUCCAUUCUGAACCCUGUGGUAGUGUGGGCCAGGCACACGGAGCUCCUGGUGAGGGUCCCCGGGCCAGCCCAGCCACUGGCCAUGCCUCCCUGCUGGGUGGGAGUAUUUGUUUGCAGGUGCCUGCUGUCACCAGCCUGUGGCAGUCGCGGAGAUGAGUUCUGUUUUCCAUUCUCACGACCUCGUGGUUGUCACGACAGCAGCAGAAUAAAGCCCACCGCAGGUGCA